GUCAAAUGAACAUAGAAUUUAGCCUCAAGUCGUAAUUGUUCUAUAGUAUUUAAUUCUAUACCUAAUUAUUAGUAAAAAUUUCAUGUUGAAAAGGGUUUAUCAGAUUACAUACAAAUUAGCGAAGUCGAGGAAAGUGUCCUACGAUAUAGACACUAUAUACAUUCAGUCGGCAUUAUGGCCGAGAUAUUGUCACGCGAAAAGGAAUUAUUCAAAAUUAAUCAGGACCUCAAUCUGAUGACAUUGGGUCCCACUGAUGAGCAUGGAAUGGGAAUGGCAAUGGGACAAUCACGAUAUGGCACCUAUCUAAAGCAGAAGGGUCCCAGUACACUGCUCAAAAAGAAGUUAAAUGCCGAGGUGACAGCAGCAAGACCCACAUCAGGACGUGGACACAAAACGAGAACAAACAAAAGUGCGGGAACAUCGCCAUCGACAACGCCUCAGUCACCAAGGGAUAAGGUAACACCUGCCUUGAUGACACAAAUGGCCAGGUCAAAAGGCGCCACCCUCUCCGAGUGGAAACCGAGCAAGGCACAGUGCAAAUAUUCCACCACACAACCAACAAGUCGAGUCGACAGCAGCUUCACCCGUAAGGCGACUCACAAAACCGCAACCUAUGUGAAAUAUCGCAAUCCGAAUUUCACGCAAAGUCCAUCAUUGGAUCUGUUGCUGCGCAAGGAUGAGGAAACGGCGACCAUCACGCAACAGCAACAGCAGCUGGUGGAGAUGGAGGUGGAGGUAACGCAACAACGUGAGACACGUGAGAGCACCACGGUGGUAAAUGGCCAAUCGAAAAAGCAUCUCACACAGGAUAACUUCAUCAGGUUUCUCAAGGCAAAGGUUGUCAUAUUGGAGGAGGAUCAUGGUGCGCUCACUCAGGAAAUGAGCGUACAAAGGGAGCGACUGGAUGAAGCUAUCUUAGCACUACGCAAUGCAGAGAGUCAACGGGAUCAGGCCAUCAGUUCCAAUACCAAACUGUCUGACCAACUGCAGCGACUUGAGCAGCAGCUCGAGGAUGCGAAUCGUCGGCAAAAGGAGCGUCAACUGGAGUACAGCAAUCAGCAGCGUGAGCUGGAGCUGCUCAAACGUGACAACAAGUUGUUAAAGCAGGCCAAUACCAAUCUGGAGAAUCGCUUGGCCCGUGCCAACGAUGAGGCUGAAGCGGCACGCCAGAUGCUCAACCAACAAACGGGAGAUAAACGCGAGGAGCAGGAAUUCCAGCGCAAGGAGCUCAAGGUGCGGGACAAUCGCAUCAAGGCAUUGAAGCGUCAACGGGCGGAUCUCUUAAAUGCCUACAAGAAGCAACUUUUCAUGAUUGACAAUCUGAAGCGGCAGAAUAGUUGCGUCGAGCAGGCGGUGGCCAUUGGUUUUGGAGAGAAGGAGUUCAACAAGGUCCUCGAAUGGAAUAUGUGCAGCAAAAGUACAUUUUAAUAACAGUCUAUCACACUAUCAAUUUUAUGUUUAAUCUUUGUGCGCAUUUAUACUGCUUGUACUCAAACCAUUAUUAUGUAUUUGUAUAUAAAUUAAAUUUGAUGUUAGGACACGCUGAAAUUCCCUCAA